AUGGCGAAGGCGGUAGCAAGUUGCUCCGUACCAGCUGUAUCAGCAGGACCCCUCACAACACCAGAGUAUAGAAACUGGCUUGCUCUAGGCCAUGCGUUGACAACAGUCCUCUGCGAGGGUCUUCGUCCAUUUGUUAAUAGAGAGGCGGAAGCUUUCUAUAGGAAUGUGACAGCGGCAGUUGCGGCAAUACCUGGAGCGAGACCCUGUACUUGCGUUUACGUCGGGAGAAGGAAGCCCAACCAGUACCACGACAUGACUACUUGUGUCUGGGCUAAUAUCCUUGAGGCUCACCACCAUUCACACAAGCCAAACUGGAAACAAAGUGAUCCCACUAAAUGGAUGGAUCCGAAGUUGGGUCCCUGGGAGAUAGCCAAGCUCUUCCUCCCAGAUUUAGGCGGACAUGCAAUGAUUACCAGUGCGCACGAUAUGGAUGUGACCGCUAUCUUGAACCUAAUGUUUUGGUGUGAUCAGUUUACUAUUCCUCAGCCCUUAAUUAAGGACGUCCGAGAAACUCGAAAUGAAAAAUGGGUGCACGUACCAAAACUUGAAUUAUCCAACGCUGACAAGGCAAUGGCUUUUGCCAGCAUUGAAAAAUUGUUACAAGAUCCCCAGUUAGCUGGUGACCCGGACACCCAGAACGCUCUUAAGGAAAUUGUCAAUCUUAAAAGUAUUACAGACUUGCAUAGUAUGGAGGCUCAGGUUUUGGCUGAUUUUCAGAAAAUUAUGAAUAACUUGGCACAAGAAACCGAACGAAACAAAGAGGAAGUAAACCAAUUAAGAGAGGAUGUCAAUGUUCUUCAGCAAAGGAACAACGCAUUCAUAAACAGAGUAAAUGCAAUGAUUGAGCUUUUCGCCGUUCUAACUGGAAAUGUCAAAAGGAGUUGCAAAGGAAUCGGAAAAAAUGUUGCGUUAAUGUGGAUGGUGUGCUUCUUGUUUUUAGGCUGGUGUCGCGUCUCAAACGAUGACACGUUUAUAAAAGACGGUAUGUUAAAUAGUCUAUUGUAAUAUAAGUACAAACUCGAAGAUUAUAAAACGUUUCCUGUAAUUACUCGAGGUUGCGUAGCACCGAGAGUGAUAAUCUGCAGCCCGUUUUUCUUCAUCGCAUUUAAAGGGAGGUCGGGAUCCUAGGCGUUCCUAGCAGAGACCCUGCAAACCGGGAAUAAGAAUCGUGAAGACUUUCAUUUUUUGCAAAUGAGACUCGUGAUGAGCAUGUGGUUUAUUUUCGGCGAUGAUUAAUUGAGGAGAUGCGCGCAGUUGAUCACGUUCCGGCUUUUUGGCAAUGAUGUAAUUUUCCCCGAAUCAAGCGACCUCGAGUUAACACUUUAAGAGUGUCUUGUUAUAUUAAACAAACUCCGUUCGAAAUAUACGAGAAAACAUCAGUCAGAAUCCCACUCCAAAGAAAAAGAAUAUACCCCACCCCCAUUGUAAGAAAAAAACACAUGUAACGUAAUCUAACAACAAUCUGCGGCCUUAUAACAUGUUGUUGAUCAUGAGACACUCCAUGUUCCUGCUGUGCUAUGACCACGGUGAGUGUUCCUAAUCAUUAUUUUGCACGUUUUCUAAACACUUUAAGACCCAUUUCGGCUCUUUUGAAACCCCCUUUCUUUGGGGUAAGUAAUUACUUUCCUUCCAGGAUCGUCUUUCCAGCACGACCAAGUCAAAGCGACAUAGCUCACGCUCUAGGUCUCGUUCGGGCUCCAAGCCCUCCUGAACGCUCAAAGACUAAUGACGAAGAAAAGGUUUCCCGUCACCUAUCUUGAAAAUCCUUCAAGGGAUCCAGCAGGACUUAAAGUCUACAAAAGAGGGAGUCUCGUCUAUGGAAACUUAUUGGCAAACAAGCUGCCAAGUUUAGGCGAGACACCAGACGCGAUUUCUGUCCUAGCCUACUCGGAUGAAGAACUUGUAACCGACCAGGAGGGCUCAAUUACGGCUUUUAUGCCACCAUCUCGGGCUAAUGAGCCACCAACCGGAGUUUCAGAACCCCAACGUGAAGUUAGUAAGCCCUCCAACGAAAACGUAAUUCAAGCAAACGGGACAACUGAAACGGCCCAACGAAUGGCGGUGAUCUUUAUGAUCUGGACUCUCAAAACCCUUCGUGGGAACAAAAAGCGGUUUUUGUAUAGAAAAACCUCCGUCUGAAGUUAUCUUACGAUCAAGUAAGUGAUGUCUUUGAAAUCUAUUCCAUCCUGUUCGUGGAUCGUUUGUUUGCUCAAAUAUUAGACAACCCUGUACUCAAUCAGAUCUCUCCAGCUACCUCUCGAAAGUGUACGCGAGAGAGAGAGAUAAAGAGCUAGCCGCUGUGCAGAGGACCAUGCUGAACACAACAGACCCCCUUUGUUGUCUGUAUGAUGCUUUGACAUCUCAAAAGGAUGUUCCCUUGAAAGGAUGUAAAACAACUUGUCGAACAGUCACAUUGCCUUUUAGGUUCAGCAAAUUAUCAAUUUUCGACCUUGAGAAGAUAACAUUAAUAAGUAUAACAUUGGCUUUGCUGACCAGUCUCUCCUCAAUGCAUGCCUUCCUUCAAAGCAAGCUGACCUAUCGAAAGGCCUCGCUAAGAACUUGGGUUCAGCUUCACGGCCAUCGAAGCGCCCACGCCCCGGGCCAAUGGUUACCCACAACAGGGACAGGCCUUUCACCAGUGCUUACAAAGUCCCCGUACAAAAAAUAUGCGUCCCUUUCCGGCCUCCAAACCCGAAGCAAAAGAAUGGACGCAUUCAUAGAUAAGUGGAGAGAAAUAACCUCCGAUCCAGAAAUCCUAAACAUUGUUUUAGUUUUCAAGAUUCCGUUGCGUUGCAAACCCGUUCAGAAUGCCCACCUAAUGAAUGCAGAGGUGGAGUCCCCUUGCAAAAGGCGCCAUAGUACAAGUCUCCCCCAUAAAAGAGGGCUUCUUCAGUCGUCUAUUCCUGGUCCCGAAAAGGAUGGAGCCUUUCAGCCUGUAAAAUACCUGGGUUUUCUAAAAACGUUCGUGGAGAACUCACAUUUUCAAUUGGAGAAUAUCUCUUCUCUCAAGUUCUUGCUUCAAAGAGUUAACUAUGUCAACACUUUGGAUUUAAAGGACGCAUACCUGUCGGUCCCGUCCACAGGGACUCUCAAAAGUUUGUAUAGUUCCUCUGAAGAAACAAAUGCUAUGUCUUUCAAGGCCUCUGUUUUGGCUGAAAUACUGUUCCAAGGGUUUUUAACAAACUCUUAAAACCAGUAGCAGCCUACUUAAGCAACGUAGUGUUCUUAUGAUCCUCUAUCUGGACAACUUCGUUAUCGUGGGUUCGUCUUUUCGGGAAGUACAGCAACACACAGCUAUGGUUAUACCUCUCUUAGAGCUUGUAGGCUUCAAAAGGAAUCAAAAGAAGUCAUGCCUAGUCCCAACCCAAGUAAUUCCAUUCCUGAGUUUUCUCAUCGACUCCACUGUAGAGGAGAAAGAGGAGAAAGUUAUGAAAAUGAAAUUCAUUUGCAAGAAAUCCAUUUUAUCACCAGCAAUGCUUGCUCGCCAGUUGGCAAGUCUACUGGCACUCUAGAGUCCUGUCGCCUAGCAAGUAAGCUCCUCUUCACUUCAGACACCUAUGGAUUCAACUGAUGAUCCAGGUUCUGCACGUAACCGGGCAGAAUUUGGAUGUACCCGUUACGCUAGAGCACAGCUUCCUGCAAGACCUCAAAUGCUGGCUAUCAAACAUCGAUCUUGUAAACGGCAGCCCAAUCACACCUCCUGCUUCAACUCUGUUUAGUACAACAGAUGCAUCCAAGACCUGACGGGGUGAAGUCUAUCAGGGGCAACGCACAAACUGGCGUUGGUCUGCCCUCAAAGGCACCCAACACAUCAAUUUACUAGAACCAGUCUCACAAGACUGCCUCAGAAUGGAGAACACGACUGCAUUGGCCCCUGUAAACAGAAAGGGAGGAACCCGGACCGAAAAGCAUCGCACGCGGAUGUCCUGAAAAUGCACUGUACAACCUUCAAGGGUUACACCUUCCCACCCUUCAUCCUUUUCCCUGCUGAACUGAGCAAAGUGCCUCGCAACAAAGCACGAUAUUAGUUGAACCUCGCUGGCAAGUACAGCUUUGGUGGCCACUCCUCCUGAGUCUCGUGAUCGAUCAUUCAGUCCCUCUCCCGAGCAACAGACAACUUCUGACGGACCCAGUAAAUCCCCAAAGGUUACAUUCAAUGUUCCCCCGAUUACACGUAGUCGUGUUUCGAAUCUCCAGGGACUGUACCAAGCAGCGAGACGUCGUUACCGAGAUGCACCUUGCAACCUCUCGCCCCUCAACACGGAAAACGUAUAAAUCAGCUCGGCGACGCUGAUGUGAUAGAUGAAAGGCUGAUCCUUUCUCAGCACCUUUAGCUUUCACCCUACAGAGUAUUUCAACAGUGGAGCAGCUUAUCGCUCAGUAAAUGUUGCACGCUCAGCUAUCUCGACGACUCAUUCCAAACUGGACGGCCUUCCUGUGGAUCAAAACCCUUUAGUGAUCCAGCUACUAAAAGGAAUGUUCAGCGAUUGUCCCCCGCAGCCUAUAUACUCCCAGACUUGGGAUGUAAGUUGCGUGACUAAAUAUCUCUUGACGCUCGGGAAUAGCCGGUAUUUGUCUCUAAAACAAUUAUUAUGGAAGUUAGCUAUGUCGUUCGCCCUAACUUUUCCAGAAAGAGUCUACGCACUAACAAAGCUGGAUCUACGCUACUGUCCUGUUCUUCCAGAAGGUGUAGAGUUCACAUUCUCGCUCCUUGUGAACGGGGCUCGUUUGAUCAGAUUCCCAAGGCAUUAUUCGCUCGAUUCCCUUCCAACUUCAAACUUUGGCCAGUUGAGACACUGCGAUCUUACUUAAAGGAAACACGCGCGAUCCGUUCUAGACUGCGAGCAGUCCCUCCAGUCAGUCGAGUCUAAGCUCGGCAGGACUGGAGAGAGCGAAUUGGCCGAGAGGGAAACCGCCUCCUCCCCAGCUUCCCCUCGGCUUUCGCUCGCUUCGCUCGAUUUCCUCGCUCGCGUGACCAUCCUGAGGGACUUCUCGCAGUCUAGAUCCGUUCUGCUAUCCCUUCCUCCAAAGUGGACCCUCUGUUCAUCUCCAACGUGAGUCUACACAGCUCCCUUCUUAGGGAGCUGGCUUCGUCUGCUUCUGAAGGACUCUGGAAUCAACACUAAUAUUUUCAAAGCACACUCUGUGCGUGGAACGUCGAUCACUGCAGCGGCUAAUUCAAAUGUGCCAUUAUCAGAUAUUUUAAAGAUGGCUGAUUGGUCCAUUCCUCCUACUUUCCAUACAACAUUUGCGCUUGCAGAUCUUCACUGGGUCUUUUAACAGUCACCUCAUCAUGCUUACUGUGUCACUUGGAAAUUCUGAUGAACUCUAGGUCAACAUUGCGUUGUGAAGUUUUUUCAUUUCCCUUCCUCUUCUCCUUUUAACCAUUGUCCCGAUAGGGUUACAUGAAUCUCAUUAAAGUAUUUGCUGCUAUAUGUGACCAUUUGCCUUUCUAUUGGCACUAGCUAUAUGCGUUGAACUCUACCUGGUGUUUUCUCGUACAUUUCGGAGUUUGUGUGAUAUAAUUCCAAAUAUACCAAGGCUGCGAAGCGGCCUGCCGGUAUAAGUGAGAUUAUAUUAACAAACGAGUUGAGAAAUAUAUGAGGACCCACCCACCCUUCCCAGUCGGCAACGUCACCACGUUCAUCCUCUGGCAGUGCCAAUAUUUAGAUCAAUGGUGUUAUCCGUUCACAGCGUUGAAAGAAUGGAGGAACAAAUUACAACAACAUGAUAUGAGACCGCAGAGAGUUGUGGGAUUACGUCACAGGUGGUCUCCUUUUCUUGAGCUAUUUUGAAAAAAUAGCUCAUUUGUCAGUGGUUUGAGCGUAUGUAUCUUUGUGGCUUUGUGGCUUUGUAUGUUCGGAUGUUUGUUGCAGGGUCCAAUAAGGUUGAAGGUACUAUGAGUUGAUGCGUAGGAACCAAUGAGAUUUUGGCACCUAACCGUUAAAGACAUUGCCUAAGGUCAAACAAGGGCACUUAGAGACCGCCAUCUUGAUUCUUCACAAUUUUUACGUCUUUUAUUUAACAAUUAAUGAAUGAGGCUGAGUAUCUUAUGAAGAAUUAUGGAGAUCGAGGAGGGUGUUAUCUACGGCUUCGACGGAUAACACCCUCCGAGAUCUCCAUAAUUCUUCACAUGAUACGAAAGCCGAAUGCAAUAAUUGUUUUAUUAUUCAUUCAAAAUAAUUCCUAGUUUAAAAACAUGGCUAAAACAUGCUUACCUCCAUCGAUCCAUCUAUGUUAAGUUCAUCUUCGAUAGUGCACCUUUAGGUUUGUCCACGUCCGUAAAUAUUCUCCAAAUAGCAGAUGUCGCCCUCCGAGUUGUCUUCUUGCUGUUCUUGCUAUGUUUUGUAGCUAUUUUUUUCGCCUAGUUCUUACUCUUGAAACGAGUGAAAAGUCCGCCAUUUUUUGUUUUCACGACCAAAACAACUCAACCUCGUCCCCAGGUCUUCUCGGUUAACGGUGCCUCAACCUACACGAACGCUACAUUUUUGACGUCAUUUUCUCGUUAAACACAAAAUUCUUCCGAAUUUGGUCAUCAGUAACUGGUUAUGGUGAAUUAUACGUGUGCCUUUAGCCAAUCAGAAUCGGGGAAAUGUUUUGAAUGAAUAAUAAUCCAGCUUAAAGUGUUUAGAAGGAUAACACUGAAAUAUAUUCAUGAUUCAAACGCCGAGUACAGUGAUGCAGUUGUUGACGGGUUCAUAUUUUAGUGUGGGUGCUGCUCCAAGACAUUCGACCUAAUUCGGCUAUCGAGAACGGUACAACACACUUAUUUCAUAAUUUAUGAGUUCUGUUUCACCUGCUUCAAGGUAGAGUAUAAAAGAUCAACACAUAUUUUUCAAAGAUCUUCCAGUAAAACAAUAAUUGAAAUGUAGAUAUGGACUUUAAUUGAGAAGUUUGCGGCCUAUAAAUUGUUGUUUUAGAAGUUUGAAAGGCAAGGUGAGUAUUGUUAAUCCUGUAAACAAGCUUUAUUCUCUUGCUUACAAAGUUCAACAGACCCUUUUCGUACCGGCAAAAGAAAAACAUGAAUUAGGUGAGGAACAUGAUACAUGCUUGUUGCUUAACAGUUAUUAUAGUUAUGGAAAUGUAUUUUAUUUUAUUAGUAACGACGCGUAACUUGAGUCGAAAUGGUAGCGGUCAGGGGAUUAAAUUAAAUUAUUUGACAAAAUAAUUACACAUUGUUUUAUUGAGUGGAAUAACAUGAUAUGGGCAGAAAUAUAUUUCGGCAAUUUGAUAAUUUUCUUGCAAGAAAAUCAAUGUUAGGCUAUCAACCUUAACGUUGCAUGAGGCAUAAUUUAAUUGCAGAUAUUGUAAAGCCGAGGUGAUUUCUUAAAAUCGUUUGAGCAAAUGUUCUGGUAAACAAUUCGCGUUAUUUUACGUACGAAUUGUAAAAGGGACAAAGUCCAACACCUUCACGUGCAAAUUGUGUACAUGAGUUAUUUUUAUUAUCCUGUUUACUGGAUCACUGGGUGAUAACCUGAAUUCCCUCACGUACGAGCCACGAAAGGGGCAAAGUCCAACACUUUCACGUGCAAACUGUGUGACUGUAUAUCUCAUGCAGACUGGCUUUUCACAGUAAUAAUAUUAACUUGAAGGUAUGGAGAAGUUAGUUUUAUAACUAGUGCCUUAAGUGAAUGCUCUUUAAGAAUCAAUAACUUAUAACACUUUUAGAAUCAAGUCGUCGGAGUUAAAGACUGUUUCAUUAAGUAAAAUCGCACGUGACAACCUCGUGAAUUAUGAUGAUGCAACCAUCUACAACAAUGAUGAAAAUCGUGGCAUUUCUUAGCUAUUCGGUAUUCGACGAGCCUCAUUAUCUUAAGAAACCUUGAAACCUUCGAGUCUUCCCUCCAAGCAAUGUUUGGUGAGUUGAUAUUCAUGGGACUUAAAGAAUUUGUUUAUUUUGCAAGGGAAGACAAAGAAAAGUGAAUCUAUAGAAUGUGAGGAUCAACUCAGCUGUGCGCAGCGGUUCGCGUUUUCAUUAAUUUACAGCAAUACCCAAUUUUGCAGAAUACGUAGUUUUCAUUCAGGAUUAAAACAGUAGAUUGUUGAUACGGUUACACUGAAGCAUUCAAAAUAGCUCAUGCACGUUAAACGUGCCUAUGUUCUGCCCCUGGGUGUAUACUCUUUUCUUGUAUACCGUUAAAGAGUGGGACGUAGCACAAUAAGUGGGCUUCUACCCAGUGUUUUCUCGUAUAUUUCUCACUUGGUUUGUUAAUGCAAUUUCAAUUAUUCAGGUAGGCUGCUUCGCGGCCUUGGUAUAAUCGGGAGUUUGUUUCUUCUUUUAGGAUGUGCUCUCAGAAUACAACCUGAUCUCUGGAACCUUAAGUACUUUGACUUCAGCGAGUUUAUCACGUCAUCAAGAAAAGGGUUUAUUGGAAGACAGUGGUUGUACCAGGAAAUGAACCAGAUCAUGAACGAACAAGAUGGAGGUGGUAUUCUACUUAUUGGAAACCCUGGUUCUGGUAAGACAGCGCUUGUUUGUCAUUUGCUUUGUUCCAGAACAUCAAGCCCAUUCAUACAUGAACGAAUUCUUGGGUAUCAUUUCUGCAUGCAUUCGGAUAAAGGGACACAAAAUGCAGCAAAAUUUGUUCGAAAUCUUGCAAAUAUGAUUGCUUUGAGAAUUGAGGAAUACCUUGAAGCAAUUUCGAGUGAUUCCUUUGUCAGCAAAGUACUGCAAGACAAUUGUGGAGGAGAACCAGAGUGGUGUCUUCAGGAAGCAAUUAUUACACCUCUAAAAAAACUACACCACCAACCGAAAAAACCCUGGUAUGUUAUUAUCGACGCACUGGAUGAGUGUGCAGCAGAUAAGGCGGAAAUUCUGAACAUGCUGAAAUCAAAAGUUCGACGAUUCCCAGUUUGGCUUAAAAUGAUCAUAACCACUCGCAAUAUGAGUACCAUCACCAAAAGUUUUGAAGGAUUACAAAGACUCGAGCUACAGCAAGAUGACGAACGAAAUAUAGAUGAUAUUGAUAGAUAUGCCACGGAUAGGAUAUAUCCAUUGCAAGGCUCAAUUAUUUCCAAGAUAAAAGCAUACUUUUCUAUCAAGGACAACAACGCACUGUCACAGAGAAUUGUUUCCAGCCUUGUUGAGAAGUCUCAAGGAAAUUUCUUGUACGUUCGUGUUGUAUUAGAUGCUUUAUCUGCGACAACGGACAGCACAAGAUGGACUGAAAACAUUCCCAGAACACUCGACAACGUAUUUCAAUUGUAUUUUGAACGAAAAUACACAACACGUAAUUCCUUCCAAUCUUUACGCGAGAUAUUUGAAGUUCUUGUCGCAUCAUACAGACCACUAUCUGCCCACCAAAUCCAUUCUGUCCUGCAACUUGACAACCCAACUCUCGACUACGAGUAUGAUAUCAUGCCGAAACUGGAAGAAGUAUCCUUAUUUCUGUGGCAUGGAUCACGAAAUGGCCUUGUACGAAUUUACCAUGCGUCUUUGGCUGAAUGGUUGACUGGAGAAACUAAUAAGGGGAAACUUUAUUACGUAAAGAAAGAAAAUGGCCACAAACGUCUAGCUAAAUACUAUCUUCAAAAUGUCAAACAAAUCAAAAAACAGCUUACACCAGAAGAAGCGUUCUAUUUAACGCGCCAUGUCGUGGAAGGUGGCUUAAACGAACAUAAAGUACGCGAAUUUCUAUCAAUUCCUUCUCACUUAAUCAACAGCACAGAUAAAUCCGGUAGCACGGCUCUGCACAUAAGUGCACGUUUGGCCCAUCCGGACGUUACUGAACUUUUGGUCGAGCAUUUCUUACAGGUUGAUUGUUUAAACAAUGAACAUCGCACGUCUGCUUUCGUGUCUGCAAGUGCCGGGUGCCUUGAAAAUCUUAUCAUUCUUGCCUCCAAAGGGGCAAGCCUAAACCACACUGUCAAAUGCACAGCUUUUAAGCCAUCAAAAAGAUCAAAAAAUCUCGUUCGUGAGUGUCGGAGAAUGGCAUGUGAAUAUUCCCUGUUACACAUUGCCGCUCAGGAAGGAAACGUUAACAUUGUGGAAUUUCUUAUUGAACGCAAUGCAAAUGCAGUGGAAACCACUGGUUGCAAUAACACUGCAAUCCAACUGGCAGCUAAAAAUGGACAUCUAGAGGUCGUUGAGGUCCUCAAGAAAACUGGUGGAGUAAUGGAUGGAGUCUCACUGCAUCAUGCUGCUGCUGAGGGCCACCAAAGUGUCGUGGACUAUCUACUGAAUGAAGGUGUGAAAGACACUUGCAUAGACGGUAGUUACCUGCUACAAGAUAAAACGCAAAAUGAGAAUCGGAACAACAUGCUUGACACUGGCCACUUGAAAACCCUUGAGACAGCUUUGCACGCUGCAGUAAGAAAAGAACAUUUGUCUGUGAUCAAGGCUCUCUUAAGUCGGCAAGAAAAUGCUUUGAGUUGCGCUAACGCUGCAGGAAGACUUCCCCUCCACGAGGCCGUACAUUUUAAUAACUAUAAUGCUUUACAAGUGCUUCUGACAGCAGGAGUUAACACUUCUGUGCGUUGCAACGCUGGGGCGUUAGCUGGCCUUCAUAAGAUUUAUUGCCCUUGCGGUUUUACUGCUUUACAUAUUGCAGCCGCGUAUGGCCAUUACAGCGUUGCCAAAUUACUAAUUGAACAUAACGCAGAUGUUAAUGUUCCAGACUGUGAUGGAUCAACUCCACUUCAUAUUGCCUCGUGCCACGGGAAGAUGUCUCUUAUAAAACUUCUUGUUCAGAGUGGAGCGAACAUCAAUCAACGAACUACGAACUUUUCAACACCUCUUCACAGUGCGGCUGCUUGUCUUGCGACAAGCAGUUUCUGCACUUUACUUGAACUAGGCAGCAACUACUCUGCUCAAGACAACAAGAACAUGACGGUAUUACAUUACCUUUUCAAUAACAUUAAAGUUAUUGGAAGAGAAUAUUUUGUUGAUUUGUAUGUUGACAGGCCGAUAAACUGGAUUGAAGCGCUGACGGAAAAGGAGCCGUGGGAAAAAGGUGACUUACAAUAUACCUGGCUGAAUGCUCUUAUACGAAUAACGCACAGUUUAUCGGCCAAUGUAAAAGAAAGGCUAUUAUCCAGUUUGCCCGAAGGCUAUCUGUUAAGAAAAGCAUACUUUGAAGUUCUUUACCUACUAGAAGAAAAAAGCAACGCUUCAUUUCUCCUUACCGGCAUUGGUAGCUACGGUGAAACAUAUUUGAUAACAAUGGCAACUCCACAAGUUUUUCUUUAUGAUUUAAUUUUUCACAACGCGAUGAAAAGUGCCGGUAUACCGUUUCUUCCAAAAUUGUUGACGAAAACGUUUUUAAAGACACUCUCGAUGCUUUUUCCACGAGCAUUGAACUGCUCACUUCUUACUUUUUCAAUUCAACGGAAUGCGGUUCGUUUUGCAAACUGGUAUUUGAAAGCAGGUGUGGAUGUCAAUUGCCUGGAUCACUCAGGCGUAAACCCUCUUUUAACCUACUUACGACGUGGUGGGCGUCACAUGUCAAAGGUCCUUGCAAGGUAUAAAGUGAGAAUGGAUAUUUCUUGUGGAGUACCUUUUAAAAAUUCAACCUUACACCUUGCCUCUUACCACAAGUUGCAUUACUUACAUUACCUUUAUGAGUACUUGCGAGGUGACGACGAAUGGUCCAAAUUCAUAGCAUCAAUUGAUUCUCUAUUCGACUACUUUUUAGAUGAGUACAAGGAGGUUCAGGAGUUUCGCGGUUCAUCAAAAGUUGUUCGGACUGGUGAUGGUCAAUUGGCCUUAGCGAUUAAGUCUCAUACUUUCGGCACCAAAGUCAUCCUCGAUGGCUGUUUUGAUACGGGAGGCUAUAAUGCGCUACACAGAGCAGCACAAGGCGCAAACGUAAUUGCUAUUGAAAGGUUCCUCGCUUGGGGAGCUAACCCAUCCUUGAAGAAUGCAGCUGGCUUUUCUCCCCUUUGGCUUUCAGUGCUGUAUUCAAUUAAAUACACACCAUUUCUCAGCUUCAGUAACGAAAACAUUGUAACUGGUUUAGAACUAGAUCUUGCAUCAACCUCAGCCUCCUUGAUUCUGGAUCGUCUUAUCGAGUUUGAAACAGUGAAUAUCGGCUGCAAUGAAAACAGCCCAGACUUGACCUUGUAUCACCUCGCGGCCAUUCGAGGGAUGUGGCGGUUUGUACUUCACUUGCUUUCGCAGAAAGAAUUAACAGGAGUGGACGUAAACUGUCCCAACAGAGAUGGUAUAACUCCAAUGUACUUGGCAAAGCUUGUCGGUGGUGACAGUUGUGGCUGGGGCAGCCCCUGGUGCAAAGUCGUGGAAACCAUUGAGAGGUUUGGUGGAAAACUCCGCUUUCCCAAUCUAGAGGCCGAAUACGUUCUCUUCUUUUAUCUCUUCUAUGGAGUAAGUCCAGGCAACGUGUCACUCGAGUUACCAGAACAUGAUGUAUCAACCCUUCAAUACGAUUGUGAGCGUGAAGAAUGUCUGAAAUAUCAUAACGGUCAUACCAAUCUUGACGAGUCAUCUAUUCAACUUGACUGGGCCUACAGAGAUUACAGAAAACAAGUAGACGGGUGCGAACUUAACGUUAAUAGUGGAAGAUGUCUGCCCGAGAUUGAUCGGGAUUUGUCUCAUUUUCAGUCCGUAAUGCCUGCUGUUUCUAAUUACCAGUCCUUGAAAUUUGAACACAUUUCUGCCAGUACAAGUUUUUCAUUCUUACUCGAUAUCGAGAGAAAUCGUAUACUAUCAAUUUUGUCGAAAGUCACCGGGCCGGGCUCAAGGAGGCAAAGACCUAACGAUGAAAAUACCCGAAGAUCAUCAACAUUCAGUUCCAGCAAAGACGAAAACCAACAAAGAACAACAAACACAUUUAACGAAAACAGCCAAACGACUAGAGAAAGGGAAAAAGCUACGAAGUGCUGCGAAGAAAGCCAACAAAAAGAGGAAUCUGACUGUACAUUUCAUCGUCACGGUUCUCUCCGCACGCAUUUUGAGCAGUUCCAGGACAGUGCUGUUCGGUUGAUGAAACGUUCAAAGCAAACAAGAUCAGUUAUGUUUGCAAGGGGAAACUUUCCUCGUGUACUAUCAAGAGUUGAUCACGCUUUGUAUAAUUAUCAUAUAGCUUCUUAUUGUGACUGGCAAGCCAAUACGGCUAAGUAUAUCAUACUUAAGUUCCAAAUUUGGAACUUAAAUUUCUUCGCUAAAAAUAACUUCGUGAAAGAAAAUUCCAGAUUGGUGAGUAUCUCAGACUUCGCAUCAUCUCGCAUAAGAAAAGUCUUGACUGGAUCAUCCGAAGAUUUACUGAAACUUGUUUUACGACUCGUUUCUAAAGAGAAAUUUGAUCACUUCAAUUAUCUGACAAUUUUGAAAUUUAAGAAGCCGCCUUUGUGGAAAGGUACUUAUGAUGCUUGGGAGUUUUGA